AUGCAUUCUGUCGCCAUUCUCUCGGCCCUUCUGGCCGUGGGCACCAGCCUCGUCUCUGCUGCCACGACAUGCACCGACGACAUCAAAAUCACCCAGGCCACCCCAGUCAUCGACUGCGACGUUGUCGAUGCCGAUAUCACUGUCGACGAGAACCUCUCCGGCAGCUUGGUCAUCGAGGGCCCUAAGCAGCUCAAGAAGGACUUCACCAUCAGCAAUGCUACCAAGCUCAUUGGCAUCUCGAGCAGCUCCAUCAACUCUGUUGGAGGAACGUUGAAGCUUGACGGCCUGCAGCUUCUGAGCACUUUUAACAUGAUGUCGCUCAAGUCUGUCAACACCCUGCAACUCAUCAACCUGCCCCAGCUGGGCGGCAUGACCCUGGGUACCGAGGGCGUCACCAAGGCCAGCGCCAUCAUCAUCGCCGAUACCUUCAUCAGCGACCUCAGUGGGCUCAACAUUGCCCAGGCGGACACGAUCGAUAUUUCGAACAAUGCUAAGCUCACCAUGUUCAAUUCCGUCCUUGUCAAUGUCACAAAGACGCUCAAGCUCACCAACAACGGCAACAACAUGCAAGUCAACAUGUCUCUCCUCGAGUCUGCCGGCGAUGUCCAGUUCCGCCAGGUCAAGAGCUUCGAUGCUCCCAUUCUGUCGGAAGUCGAGUCUAUCAAGUUCAACGACAGCCCCGAGCUCCUGUCCGUCUCUGCCAACAACCUGACGGAGAUCUCGUCCAGUCUCACCUUCAUCAACAACAAGAAGCUCAGCAAGCUCUCGUUCAAGCAACUCAAGACCAUCAAGGGCGACAUGACGAUCCAAAACAACACGGCGCUCAAGGAGCUCGAUGGCUUCCCUAAGCUGGAGACUGUCGGCAACAUUCUGCUGCGCGGCAACUUUGAAGAUGUCAAGAUUGACAACCUCAAGGAUGUCAAGGGCAGCGCCACCGCCUCCUCGACGACGGAUAUUUCCACCUUCUGCAACUUCUUCGGCAAGCUCAAGACUGAUGGCGCUAUUCGCGGCAAGCAGUCUUGCACGAGCAACAAUAAGAAUGCCAACGAGGGCGGCUCCGGUGGCCAGUCUGGCACCAACCAGGAGAAGGACGCUGCCGGCAUUGUCAGCGUCAACAUGGCUCUGCUGGGCCUGGCUGUCUUUGCGGGCUUUGCGCAGAUGCUAUAA